GAAACUAAUUUAAUUAUUAUUAACAAUAACAAAAACUAACCUAUUUUAAUUUAAAAAUGGCAUUCAAAUUUGCUUGUGUUUCAUUGUUUGUAUGUGUAAUUGCUUGUAGCAGCAUUUUAUCAAAGGCUAGUCCAUUAAGUUAUUUGAGAGAAAAUGACCAAGGAUUAGGAUCUGGUUUCCCAUUCCAGAAUCAACCUUCACUCACUUAUCUUAAUGAUAAUAAUGGAGUCAAUCAAGUACAACAAAUUUUACCAUUCCAAAACAUUGGCUUCCCAAAUGGAUUGAUUUAUCCCAAUAAUGUUGCUAGCACAAAUAUCAUCAAUAAUGUGAACAGCGUCAAUGGCAUUAACACAUUACCAAUUGUUCAAUAUCCACAAAAUUUAAUCCAACCAGCCAUUGUUGGAGGAUAUCAAAAUCAAAAUCAAAUAACAAAUACACAAUCCGCUCCAGUCCAAAUUAAUUAUGGUGGUGCUUCAAACUAUGGACUUUUCUAAUAAAAAUUAUAUAUUUUUGACAAAUGUAAAUUUGUUGAUCAAGAAUAAAAAUAUUUA